AUGUCACCAGGAUACCGCGGCUCCAGGUGGUGUGAUUGCCCUACGCCAAAGAUGCGCUUGGACCUCCAUUACCCAGCGCCCUCCUACUCGUCCAGCCCUGCGCAGAAGUCCUACAAACCCGCUAUCGAGUACGCAGGUCCCAUUGUGUACUCCGAUGAAAAACCACCGAUAAUUCACUUCCCUCGGCCUCCACUGCCUAAGUCAGACUCCUCCCCGCCCAUCCACGUGGUCCACACCCCCGCCCCGGCCAUCAAAGCCCCCGUCAAGCCCUCCUACGGUCCACCACCCAAGGCCCCCUCCCCUAGCUAUGGUCCACCCAAGGCACCGACCCCAUCCUACAGACCCCCACCCAAGGCCCCCUCUCCCAGCUACGGUCCACCUCCCAAGGGUCCACCGAAGGGGUCUUAUGGUCCACCCCCUAAGGCGCCACGUCCCAGCUACAGACCGCCCCCGAAGGCACCACGUCCCAGCUAUGGUCCACCUCCGAAGGCACCACGUCCCAGCUAUGGUCCACCUCCGAAGGCGCCGUCACCUAGCUAUGGUCCACCCCCAAAAGCCCCGUCCCCCAGCUAUGGUCCACCCCCAAAGGCCCCGUCCCCCAGCUAUGGUCCACCUCCAAAGGCCCCGUCCCCCAGCUAUGGUCCACCGCCCAAGGCCCCCCCUCCCACAUAUGGCCCGCCUAAGCCCUCUUCAAUAGCCAAGGCGCCAUUACCAAAAGCCCCAUCUCCCAAGGCCCCAUCACCUUCCUAUGGUCCAUCCAAGGCCCCUUCACCCACUUAUGGUCCACCUAAGCCCCAAAAACCUCCCAGCCCCCAGUACGGGUCCCCAGCUAACACGGGUCCUAUUUUCAUCAGCGCCCCGCCGCCUCCCAGCCCCGUGUUGGUGUCAGCCCCGCAGCCCCAAUACGCAGAUUCAGCGGCCCCGAAGCCCUCAUAUGGCCUCCCGCCCAAACCCAAGCCUAGCUACCACCCCCCAGCCCCGCAGAAACCCCUCAUAUGCAGCCCCACCCAAAGCCACGCCCCAGAAAGCCCCGAAAGCUUAUGCCCCGCCCCCAAAAGCCCCGAAAGCUUAUGCCCCGCCCCCAAGGCUCCAAAGGCAUAUGCACCCCACCCAAAGCCCUCCAGCCCCCACUUAUGGCCCCCAAGGCAGCCCCAGUUAAGGCCACCCCAGCCCCACACAUUAUCUACGGCCACCCCCCAUCCACGUGUACCAGCAACCCCCGUGUACCAGGUGACCAAGCCAGCCCCAGCCCCCCCAACCAAGGGCCUCCACGUAGCCCCAGCAGCCCCCAAGCCCUCCUAUGGCCCUCCUCCCAAGGCCAAGGCACCGCGACCGACUUUCAAGGCACCCAGACCCUCCUAUGGUCCACCGCCCAAGGCCCCGUCACCAAGCUAUGGACCGCCUCCUAAAGCCCCAUCACCCAGACCCAGCUAUGGUCCACCUCCCAAGGCCCCUUCACCCUCUUAUGGCCCACCUCCUAAAGCCCCAUCACCCAGACCCACCUAUGGUCCACCCCCAAAAGCCCCUUCACCCUCUUAUGGCCCGCCUCCUAAAGCCCCAUCACCCAGCUAUGGUCCACCCCCAAAGGCCCCAUCACCCUCCUAUGGUCCACCACCCAAGGCCCCCCCACCAAGACCCAGCUACAGACCACCACCCAAGGCCCCAUCACCCAGCUAUGGUCCACCCCCGAAGGCUCCAUCACCGAGCUAUGGCCCGCCUCCGAAGGCCCCAUCACCUUCCUAUGGCCCGCCUCCCAAAGCCCCGAAGCCUUCUUACAGACCGCCACCCAAGGCCCCGUCACCAAGCUAUGGCCCGCCACCCAAGGCCCCAUCACCAAGCUAUGGCCCGCCACCCAAGGCCCCAUCACCAAGCUAUGGCCCGCCACCCAAGGCCCCAUCACCAAGCUAUGGUCCACCACCUAAGGCCCCAUCACCAAGCUAUGGUCCACCACCCAAGGCCCCGUCACCAAGCUAUGGUCCACCACCCAAGGCCCCGUCACCAAGCUAUGGUCCACCACCCAAGGCCCCGUCACCAAGCUAUGGUCCACCACCCAAGGCCCCUUCACCUACAUAUGGCCCUCCCAAAGCCCACAAGGCCCCGUCACCCAGCUAUGGCCCGCCGCCCAAAGCCCCAUCUCCUAGCUAUGGUCCACCCCCGAAGGCCCCGUCCCCCAGCUACGGUCCGCCGCCCAAGGCCCAGUCAGGGUUCGGGCGGCCCAAGGCACCACUAUCCUUGAAGGGCCCGCGGCCGUCCUUCAGCCUACCGCCCAAGGGUCCCCGCCCCACCUACACGCCACCCAAGGCCACCAAGCCAGAGCCCGUGUACCUGCCCGCGCCCAAAGCCUUCCACAAGCCGCCCAUCAUCAUCUACCAGGGGGUGCGGCCGCCCGUGCACGUGUACCAGAAGCCAGGCAGCAAGGCGCCCAGCAAAGCUCCCUCGCCCAGCUACGGCGCACCCAAGGCCCCCGCCACAGGCUACGGAGUCCCCAAGGCCCCCGCCACAGGCUACGGCGCCCCCAAGGCUGAUAGCACUCCCAGGGAGGCCUACGGCGCCCCCAAAAGUGAAGACAUCAUCGUGAAGAGCAGCGGUGGCGGUGGUGGUGGUGAUGGUGGUUACAGCAGCGGUGGUGGUGGUGGUGGCUACAGCAGCGGUGGUGGUCACAGGAGCAGCGGUGGUGGCGGUGGUGGUGGUCACAGGAGCAGCGGUGGUGGCGGUCACAGGAGCAGCGGUGGUGGCGGCAAGGAGAUCUACACGUCAGGCAGCGCCCUGGCCCAGGUGAAGGUGGCGGCGCCCAAGACAGACACCCAUACCACGGCCACGGCCACGUCCCUGGCCACGUCCCCAGUGUCCGUGUCGUCCCGCCCCACGCCGGUGUCCACCACGUUCGGCAACAAGGAGACAGUGGGCGGCACCAGCAGCAGCAGCAGCAGCAGCAGCGGUGACGGGCUGGGCAGCACCACCAUCAAGCCCUCGCCGCAGGACCCCUCAGCGGACGCAGCCAAGUCCUCCCAGAGCGUGGACGACUGGGAGCCCUCCGUGGGAUACGCCGCCUACUCCGACGCCUCCCUCUCUGUGUCCAUCCCUCAGUCUGCCACAAAGACCUCACUCGACGUCAGCGAGGCAAAGGUCUCCGCCUCUGUCUCCGUCAGCUCCUCCUCCUGAACACACACCACCACCACCACCACCCACACACACCAACCCUGACCCUCCACACUGCAGCACACACCACCACUGGCCCUCCACACCCCAUCCCCGCCACCACCUCCUACACACACCACCGCACCACUCGUCCAAUAAACACCCUGACUGUACCACCACCACCACACCACACCACUGUACUGUACCACCACCACCACCACCACACCACAGCUUCCGCACACCCUCCACAGCCUCCAUGCGCCAUUCCCCCCCAGCAAGGCACACCCACCCCCUCCACGGGCAUAGCGUCAGGGCAUAACACUAACGCACCUCACAUUCUCCUCACUUCCUUAGUUGUUAUCACCCUCCCAUUCCCCCCAUUCAUAAUCACCCCCAUCCUGAUAUUUAUUACCCCUCUCAUCCCACCCCCGCCCACCCGCCCACCUCACCCAUACCUGUCCCACUAAUUAAAUUCCUUUCACUUGUGGCAUUAAUUUACAGGUACUUUUGUGUUCUUUCUGUUUAGUUCAAUGCUCUCUAUGUCUGUCUGUCUGUCUGUCUCGAUUCCCGUUCUAUGUAAUUGUUUGUUAUGAUGUAACUAUAUGUAAUCUUGUUAAUAUAUAGAUGAGUAAGUUAGUUGAUAAAAUAAAGAAAUAUAAAGAU